AGUGGAGGAAAUAUGAGUUUGGAAGAAAUCGACUACAACAGUAUCGAAAGUCGUAAAUGCUAUUCAGAAGAAGAACGACUUUUGUCUGGAUCAAAACUUGAAUAUUACAUCUUUACAAUUCUGUUUCCACCGAUAUGUUUGAUGGGUUUAGCAGGAAAUAUGCUCAAUUUAGUUGUUCUUCUUAGCAAAGAAAUGAAAUCACGAAUGGCAUUAAUAAUAAGAAAUAAUAAUUGCAGAGCCAAUUUUCUUUUGGCAUGUUUGGCAUUCUGUGAUAUCACAUUUCUGCUUUUGAUGAUACCACAUUCAUUAGCCAAUUUUCCGGCAAUUGGUUUAAGCUACUAUUUUCGCCUGUAUUAUCUACCGAUGAAAGUCAAUCUUAUCACUUUUGCAAAUUGGAGUUCUGCAGCAGCCAUAUGGUUGGUGGUAGCAGUAUGCGCUGAACGUUUGAUUGGUAUCCGAUAUCCAUUCUACAGUCGUGGUCAUUGGUCUCGUUGGUGUUUUAUUGCCACUGUUGUAUCCAUUGUGGUAUUAUCAUUUGCAUUAACGUUGUAUAAUCAUUUUUGGUAUGAAUGUACAGUAAAAAUCUUCUGUAAUGGAACACAACCGUUGGGCAAAUGUUUGGAUGUUACGCUUGACAAAUAUCCGGUACGUAAUGGUUUUCGAAAAAAUCAUACACCAAUGUUUAUCAGAAAUUAUGUGAAGAUAAGUAUAAUUGCAAAUGCUAUUUUUAUUGUCAUUAUUCCAACAAUUCUUCUUACAGCUUUAAAUGCUGCACUGAUAAUAAUCAUUAAAAAACGAAGUCUGGUGAUCUAUCAGAGUUUAUCGGUAUCGGAAUGUCAGUCGUCUGGCAAAGAAAAUGGCAAAAUUUCUGUAACACUUUUUCGACGUAAUGCUGAUCAGCUGAACCAACAAAGAACCGAACAUCGAAUUGCAAUAACCGUAUGCGCUAUUGUCACAUGUUUUACCAUUACGCAAGCACCAUCAGCAAUCGUUCAAACAUUGACGCUGUUUCGUGAACAACCAACAGCGAUACGUGGACUAGACCGUAAAUGGGCUUAUUUGCACACUCUUACAGCCUUUUUGGUCAUUCUUGGCAAAAGUCUCAACUUUAUCCUUUUUUGUCUUAGCAGCGCAACAUUUCGUCGUAAACUUGUAACAAUUUUAAAGACCAAAGCUGUUGGUUAUAAACGAAGAAGGAAUUCAAAUCUUAGCGGUACCGCAGUUACACAUUUGUCGAUGAGUGUUCGAAGAUUAUCGAAAUCAAAUGUCUACUAA